AUGGAAUCCGCGAAACAAAGGAUACGGGCCGCUGCAGCUCGUCAGAAAGAAGAGAGGAGGGCCAAGGAAGCAGGGGGGGAAGCCUCGUCAACCCCCGUGGCCGUCGCCAAGGUGGCGAAGAGGAAACCUGACGGGAGUGAUGGCCGUCCAGCCAAAAAGAUUGCCGUCACUCCGUCAGUCGAGCCAUUGAAGGAGAAGUCCCCUCCGACGUCUGGCCACGGCGCGGGAAAGGGGGUGAUGACUUCCACUGGUCCCGUCAACGAGGGCCCGUGCCGUCUCCUAACCCACAAGGAAUACGCCGUCGGGGAGGUUGAAUCUCUUAUCAAACCGACGGACAUGGAGCCCUGUGAUCAAGUAGGGACGGAAGAUUUAGGGGCGUCGGCCCUCUUUGAUCUCUCCAGGGCUUUGGUUCGUGUCAAAGCCCUUCGUGACCGUUGCGAGGCGAAGGAGGGGGUCGUCAGUCGAGUUCGCAGCCACAACAAGAACUUGUUGAAUCAGCAGGCUCAGUACAAGGAAGCCGUCCGUGUCCUUAACCAGGAACUGAAAGAUGUUAAUACUAAGCUGACGGAGGCCAGUGGUGAGAACGUCAAGCUCCAAGGAGAGGUGACGGCUCUGGAGGAGAAGCUACAGACGGCGGGGGCUAACGCGAUCAGAGAUUUCAAAACGUCGCAGUCUUUUAUCGACUCAUGUGGUCAGUAUUACGGCACUGGGUUUGAUGACUGCCUUCGACAGGUCGCGUCGGCCUUCCCGGAUCUGGACUUGUCUGGGAUUACAAUGGACGAUGGAGACGACGUCUCUCUUCAGCCCGAACCUACUCCGGAGCAUGACAGCAGCGUCGUCCUAGCCCAGCCUGCCGUCAACCCUACAGCUCCUGAUUCUCCGGCGGUUAUCGUGGACGUUGAGGACCGUCCUGCUGACGGCAACCCUCCUGCUGCUUAA